CAUCAUCUGCAUCUCCCCGAGAAAAGAGGAAAGGCGAAAAGGAGGGAUCAGCAGCGGCGGAGCUCAAUGUGAGGCGCGGGGAUUGCCCAGGCAGCGCUACACUCGUCCCUACACAGAGGGGGGAAGGGGCUAGAUUUGGGGGCCCCUGUCCCCCCCCUCAGCCAUGAAUUCAGCGGAGCAGACCGUGACAUGGCUCAUCACACUCGGGGUGCUGGAGUCCCCCAAGAAGACCAUCUCAGACCCCGAGGGCUUCCUGCAGGCGUCCCUAAAGGACGGAGUGGUGCUGUGCAGACUGCUGGAAAGGCUUCUACCGGGAACCAUAGACAAGGUGUACCCGGAGCCGCGCACAGAGACCGAGUGCCUGGGAAACAUCAGGGAGUUCCUCAAGGGCUGCAGCGCAUUCAACUUGGAAACAUUUGAAGCCAAUGACCUGUAUCAAGGACAAAACUUUACCAAGGUGCUGAAUUCCCUUGUCCUCCUAAAUAAAGUCACAGCAGAUAUUGGCUUGGGAAGUGAUUCUGUGUGUGCCCGUCCGUCUUCACAUCGGAUAAAGUCCUUUGAUUCGCUUGGGUCACAGUCUUUUGUAAGCCGCUCAUCAAGACUAUUGCAGGGUCAAUAUCGAAGCCUGGACAUGACCGAUAACAGCAACCAUCACAUAGUGGUGAGAGCAAAGUUUAAUUUUCAACAGACCAACGAAGAUGAGCUGUCAUUCUCUAAGGGAGACAUAAUUCAAGUUACACGGCUAGAAGAUGGCGGCUGGUGGGAGGGAACAUACAGUGGCAAAACAGGAUGGUUCCCAAGCAACUAUGUCAGAGAAAUAAAGUCCUCUGAGAAACCAGUGUCACCCAAGUCUACAACACUGAAAAGCCCACCAAAAGGGUUUGAAACGUCUGCAAUCAACAAAAGCUACUACAAUGUGGUGCUACAAAACAUUCUAGAAACUGAGACUGAGUAUUCCAAGGAGAUACAGAAUUUGUUAUCCAAUUACCUUCGUCAUUUACAAUCCAGUGAAAAGCUUAGUCCAACUAGUAUCUCUAACUUAAUCGGAAACCUGGAGGAGAUUUGCGCCUUCCAGCAGAUGUUGGUCCAGUCUUUGGAAGAAUGUACCAAAUUGCCUGAGGGUCAACAGAGGGUUGGAGGAUGUUUUAUGAACCUGAUGCCGAAGAUGAAGAAUCUUUAUAUAGCUUAUUGUGCCAAUCACCCUUCUGCUGUAAAUGUACUUACACAACAUAGUGAAGAGCUUGGAGAAUUUAUGGAGAUGAAAGGUGCCACUGCUCCUGGUAUUCUUGUGUUAACGACCGGCCUUAGUAAGCCAUUUAUGCGUCUGGACAAGUACCCAACAUUACUAAAAGAGUUGGAACGACACAUGGAGGAUUAUCACCCAGAUAGACCAGAUAUACAGAAAUCCAUGACGGCUUUCAAGAACCUGUCGGCGCAGUGCCAAGAAGUGAGAAAAAGAAAGGAACUGGAGCUUCAGAUUCUGAAUGAAGCUAUUCGUGGUUGGGAAGGGGAAGAUAUCAAGACCCUAGGCAUUGUUCUUUACAUGUCACAAGUAUUGAUACAGUGUUCAGGAAGUGAGGAAAAGAAUGAACGGUAUCUUCUACUCUUUCCUAAUGUGUUAUUAAUGCUGUCUGCAAGUCCAAGAAUGAGCGGUUUUAUCUAUCAGGGCAAACUUCCUCUAACGGGGACAUGCAUCACAAAGUUGGAAGAUAAUGAAAAUCAUAGGAAUGCCUAUGAAAUUUCUGGUAACAUGAUUGAAAGGAUAAUUGUGUCAUGUAAUAACCAGCAAGAUCUACAGGAAUGGGUGGACCAUCUACAUAAACAAACUAAAUAUACCUCUAUGAUCAAUCCUACAAUAAAGCCUCACUCUGUGCCCUGUCAUACACUUCCUUCUCACCCAGUUACCCCAUCAAGCAAGCAUUCAGACCUCAAGCCAGCACCUCACACACCUGCGUAUCACACAUUGCCACACCUCUCACACCAUGGAUCGCCACACAGUACCAUCAGCUGGAGCCCACUGGAACCACCAAAAACAUCAAAGCCUUGGAGUUUAAGUUGCUUGCGUCCUGCCCCUCCACUCAGACCUUCUGCAGCACUCUGUUAUAAAGAGGAUCUCAGUAAAAGUCCCAAAACAAUGAAAAAAUUACUUCCCAAGCGCAAGCCCGAAAGGAAACCAUCUGAUGAAGAAUUUGCACUGAGAAAAAGCACAGCAGCACUAGAGGAGGAUGCCCAGAUAUUAAAGGUUAUUGAAGCCUAUUGUACAAGUGCCAAAACACGCCAAACUUUAAAUUCCACAUGGCAAGGCACUGACCUGAUGCAUAAUCACGUCUUGGCUGAUGAUGACCAAUCAAGUCUAGACUCCUUGGGUCGUCGCAGUAGUCUUUCUCGUUUGGAGCCUUCAGACCUCUCCGAAGACUCUGACUAUGACAGUAUAUGGACAGCCCAUAGUUACAGAAUGGGGUCUACUUCUCGUUCACGCAAAGAAUCGGCUCCCCAGGUUUUACUUCCAGAAGAGGAGAAAAUAAUUGUAGAGGAAACAAGAAGUAAUGGCCAGACUUUUAUAGAAGAAAAGAGUCUUGUCGACACAGUGUAUGCAUUAAAAGAUGAAGUUCAGGAGCUAAAACAGGACAGCAAAAAGAUGAAGAAGUCUUUAGAGGAAGAACAGCGAGCUAGAAAGGAUCUUGAAAAGCUCAUCAGAAAAGUCCUAAAGAAUAUGAAUGACCCCUCAUGGGAUGAAACCAAUUUGUAAUGCAGCACUCGUGUCUUUCUUAUUCCAUACCAGGGAUCAAAAAUAUUUGGACUUUUGUUACAUGUGUGUCCAUGUGAAAACAGAAACACUGCAGUUUAAGAUGUAACUGGAUUGUAAUAUGACUAUGUUGUACUGUACAGAAUGCUUUAUCUAACUUUCUUCAGAUACUCCUUUCAGCAGUUGCAAAGGGUGAAGUUGGUAAACGUUGAAUAGCACCAAAUCCAAACUAUCAACUUUACGUGUUGAUUACCUCAUUUUGCAGAAAGAGCAGUUGCUAAGAGUCAGACUUUUUUUUUUUUCUUUUUUUUUAAGUACUGCUGUUUUUAAACUGGUAGAGACCUGUAAUGCUCCCUUUUAUGUAUAUAAUGUUUUGAAUUCAUAUGUAAAAGGCACUAAAUCAUCUUUUUACUUUGUUUUUUUUUGUUAGUUUUGCAUAACAGUCAGGUGUAAAUAUUUCCAAAACAAGUCUACCUUUAAAAAAAGAGAAAAAAAUACCACAUUGACAUGAGAUAAACAGGCAAAGUCUCGUAGUACAUGUUCGCAUAGUCAGGCCAUGUAUUUAAUUUAUUUGCCUUAUUUAUGUUAUAUGUCAAAAACAUAUGUUUUUAAAACAGUCAAAGCAAGGGAGGCUAAAUCUUCUUGUCACUAACAACUUAUGAUUUGUGUUUAUACAAAUAUAUAUAAAUAUAUUUAUUAUGUUUACCUUUAAUGUGUUUGGGGGGCAUAUAAAAUUGUAUAUAUCUACAUGUAUUUUUGUUCCAGUUUAUAUCAUUACUGCUCAACCUAAUGGAAAGUAUACAUAUUUGCUACUUGAGUUUUUCACCUGCAUCCAAUUAAAUAUGAAAUAUAAUCUGA